GUUCAAGUGAGAAAAUACGGGGAAUGAGGAAGUUGCUUUAUGUUCAUCAUUCACUUUAUUAGACCUGAUGAUUACGGAAGGACAUCAUCAUAUCACUUCGCUUCAAUAGAGGCGACUCAACUUGCCAUCAUUACUUCCGCCUCUUACCGCCGUACUUCGCUCACAGCCCGUCUGUCGGCGCUUUUACUUUGACAGCAUUUAGGCGUUCACGCCGCAUGAAACGAAAUGAUCAACAGGAACAGGAGGCGGUGAUUAUAAACAUCAGCAUCAGCCUUUAGCCCAAGAUGUCUGGCUCAACAUCAUCAAAUUAUAUACCCAGGGCUACCAGUCCAUUAGGGCAACCUUGGACUCCAUUACAAGAAGAAGAAGUAGAUCCUUUGUCUACUAUAGUUGCACCUGUUCCACAAUAUGCAACUCCAUCAGGAUCACCUUCAUCGAAACCGUUAACGCUGUAUACGACUAAUCGAUCUAUGCAGUCGGGAGGAAUCGAACAAAGGCUAGAAGAGCAACAGCAACAACAGCAACUCCUUGCUAUGAGACCACCUUCCACAUCCAAGCAAUUGGACUUCCAAGAUUAUUCGGACGUUCUGCCUAAGCUUGGAAAAAGUCAAGAUGCACAAGCUGCUUUGGAUAAGCUGGAUAGGCUAGCAAAGAUUAACGCACAAAAACGCAAAUGGCCAAAGUUGAAAAGCGGAAAUAAAGUGGGACAAGCACCACACCCGAAGAAAGAAGAUGAUGAUGAUUCCAUCACUUCUUCUCUCAAUUUGUAUGAAGAAGUACGCAUGGCAAUCAGUAGCAUGCCUGGCUUUACCGGAUUCACAAAAUCCCGUCAAGCGUUUGAUUCAUCUGAUCGUCCUGAUUCGACACACGCUGGAGGGAUAACAAACGAUGAGUCUGUUAAUUCCGAUCGUGGUAAUCUACCUUUUCGAUUUGGAUCACAGCGAAGGAGAUCAACAGCACCUUCGCCUGGACCGGAUUCAUUACAAAGUACUGUUGAUCAUAAUUUGGUCAAAGCUCAAACGGAUGUUGUCCCCACUGUACCAGCAAAUCCGGGUAUAUCUUCGCCAAAGUCAGGCGUUGGUGCAAGUACGGAUUUAAUGCCUUUGAAAGAGGAGCGAAAAAUUGAAGAAGCGACUGACGUUCUCACAGCUGAUUCCGUUCCAACGAUCAAACCUACUCUGCAACUCGUCAAACCGAAACCAGAACGGCCAAGAUUGAUGAUACAAUCACCAACUGUAACAGGCACAGAAGUGAUGCAAUCACCCGAGAAUAUCACUCCGCAACAAAAUGCAUUGAUAGACUUCUUGCAGAAAGAACGUGAACGACAUUCAGGUUCUCCUCUCAGAAGUGUUACUCCUACAAGCAUCAAUCAGACUCCAUCGCCUGGACCAUGUGAUGCAGAUGCAGUAAAAGCUGCUGAACAAGCACGCAAAGACCUUUCCAGACCAUCAAUGUUUGAUGAAGCAGUUUUGGAUGAUUUGGCAGCCAGUAUUGGUUCACCUUCGAGUAUCGGAUCAGGAUCAGGAAGUGAUGAAUCGGAUCUUUCGUCAGAAGAAGAAACGGAAGAUCAAAUUCGAUCUCUCAAUUUAGAACACGGAGAAGAAUUAACGAGAAAGCAAAAGAAGAAGCUUUUACGCAAUCUCAAAAGAGCGAGACGCAAACAAAUCGCAAAAGGAGGUGGUAUGGGAGAAGAGACGGUUAUUGGAGAGGGUGAAUUAGGUCCUGCAGCGAUCAUCUCAAAGAGACAUAAGCGAACUGCUUCUCUGACAAAUCAUAUCUCGACCGGAUUGCAUUACGCUUCCAGUCAAAGUAGAAAUCGAAGAGCUAUGGAAAAAUAUUCACCUCAUCCAUCUAGACCUGCAUCUGCGAAACCAUUCUCGAACAAUCCAGCUCUAUCGAUGAGUCAAAUGGGUACACCUCCUUUUGGACCUACACAAAUGAAUGGCAGUAUCUCAAGAUCGUCUACGCCUGCCAAUGCUCUUGGAAGCGAGAGAAGCUCUAUGAGUAAUGAUGAUGGGAACAAGGAUGCUACCGGUUUGGACAGCAGGCCUACGAGCGUUCGUAAUGGAAUGUUGAAUGGAGGUGUACAAUCACCGGAAGAAAGUACGGAAGAUGAUGUUCAAAGGUCGUUUGAUGUCUCACGCAACUUAUUGAAGCGAUGGGCGACAAACAAUUCUACAACAUCCACUUUGAUGCCUUCUGGAUCCAUCAAAGGACCUUCGUUCAAGAAUCGAUUAUUAUCUCUUCGACGUGGUGCACGUCAACAACCUUCUGAUGUGAUGGAAGAAGAUCCUGAUCACACACCGCAACAAGAAGAUGCAGAGAAAGAAUUAGAUAGAGCGUUGGGAAAGCUGGUAGCAGAAGAGGCACCAGAAGAAUUAGGAGAACAUUUCGAAUACGAUGUCUUGUAUGAAAAUCAACGUGGAAUGUUGUUCUUUGGCAUUCCAAAAUUCAGCUCGAAAACGCUCUUUCAAUGGGAUCCGGCACCUUGGACAAAUUCACGCAACAAGGAUUCCGCCUACAAUGUCGUCAAUGCUCAACUGCCAAACCCAUCUUGGGAAUGGGUUCAUCCUGAAUGGAUGAUCGACAUGAGCGGAGAUGUGGAUGAAUCGGGCUGGCAAUACAGUUACAAUUUUGGCAGAUUUAAUUUCAAUGUAUUCAAUCGACCUACACAAAUCAUUCCAAGAGCCAAUGCAGAAGGCAAUGCGAUCACAAAUGAACGUUUUAAUAAAACCGUUCAAGAUAUGGAAAAAAGUGCUGAGCGAAAUCGCGAAGAUGAUGGAUUUGAAGCGCUGAAAAGAUCUGCUAUCACACGCCAAGCGAAAUGGAGUGGAAUUCCAACGCAAAAUACGUACGUUCGUAGAAGACGUUGGAUACGUUUGCGAAGACGCAGACCGCUUGAUGUUGCACAACACAUUUCUCAGACACCUAAAGCUGAUACACCGAUGGGUAUGUCUAGAGCAUCAAACGAUUGGUCUCAAUUGAUCAAAUCGGACACGACGAGCAGUCAAGGAUUGGAUAAGAAGGCAAAGGUUGAAAACGGUGCAUCACCUGUCAUCAAAGGAGAUGACGAAGAUGAUUCGCUGUCCAACUUUGAAGAAGGGUCAAGUGGUUCAUCUUCCUCUUCAGCAAGUUCGUCAGAGAUGGAAGAUGCAAAUUUGCAAGGGGAAUCUGCGUUUAUGGCUAGACGCACGACGGGAGACCUGAAAAGUGGCCGAGAUCCAACAGAAAGUCGUGCAACAAAAGAACAAUUACGUCGCAAGCGACAUGCAAAAGAAUUCACCGGUUCAAUCAGAGAGUUGAAGAGUUUAUUGCCAUCAAUUUUGGAUCGAAGAGGAGGCAGAUCACAUCGCUCUACCACCACAUCAGGCAAAACGGCAAAUGAUCGACAGAAAUCGCUGUGGUUAAUGGAAAUCGACGCGCGUAAUCCUUUCAUCAGCUGGUCAUUUGUGAAGAGAAGGUUGGAAGAUGACGAUUUAGCAUUUGCAUCAACAUCCAUACGUGCACGUGAACGAAGAUAUGCACAACGACAGUUGGAAAAGCGAGCUCGUAGUGAAAAGAGGAAAUCUUCAACGAUCAGUAUUGCAUCUGGACCUGUUUGGGAACAAUUUGAAUUGACAAGGGAUGCACUGAUCGAGAUUAAUUAUCGUAGAGUUUGUCGUGUUCUGAAAGCGUGCAAAUUGGACAGACAAAAGAUUCAACUAUGGAAAGUAUGGUUGAAUGUUGAUCCUUUGAAUGCGCAAAUUGAACCAAGCAGAAAUGAAGAUUUGAUCGAAUUAGGAUUAGCAGCAAGUUCGGCAGCAGCAAGUGAAAGUUUGAUUCGGGCAAAAGAAGAAUUAGCAAAGCUAGCCAAGACUCGAUGGAGAGCUGCAUUUACGCCUGCAGAUGCGAUUGAUGUUUGGGAUGUGAUCGAGCGUAGACUAGAUCGACUCCUACUUACGUUUGAGUAUCAACAUGGAAGAGCACAGUUCUUACGCAUGUUACUCACCAUUCAUGCAACUUCUCAUCCAAAUCAUCGAUUCAAGCCUGGUCAAGUCAAGGUUGGAGGAAGUGCUGUUCCGGGAAGUGAAGCUGCCGUCGAACCUGAUGCACCAGCUGUAUUAUCGCCUACAGGAGGAGCGAGUGUGGCGGGCGAUGAAUGGAGGGUCGCUCGUGUUCCACGGUUAGAAUUUUGGUCUGACUUGAUCGAUUGUGCCCGUGGUUUAGUAGGGUCGGGUUCCGCAACAUCACAGGCUGGCGGUAAACUUUCAAGUAGCAAUAGCAGGGAAAUGAUUCAAUUCUUGCAAUUGCCAGCACAUAAACAACACGACGUUCUUGUCCAAACCAGAAGUUCAGUUUUCAAGGAUAAGAUUCAUUCGCAAACAGCGGAAGACCAUCGACCGCAUAUGGAAGAAAGUGUCGGUAGUCCCGCAAGCGCGGGCAGAAGGGCGUCCGUGAUGAGUAGCCGCAGUAUUGUAGCGUCUCCUCCGCCUAUUUCGCAUGAUCGAACGGAUUCCGAAGUUGUACGUAGACUUGCACAAGCGAUCGGGGACGAUUGAGCGGAUGUGCGAAGGUGGAAUGUUAGACAUAUACCAUUAUGAUUAUCAUUUGUACUAUAAAGUUUCUAUUCAUAUCCAAUCAGUAUUUCAUCAUCU